AUGGGCGCCAGCGACUCCAAGCUAGUGUUCAAGAAGGGCAUCUUCAGGCUGUCCGAGGAGAGACACAUCCCCGCCGAUGAUUCCUACUGGACGUCGUUUUGGGAACUGCCGGAAUCCUCCGAAGAUGUCUUUAGCCUCUUCGCGCCCGCCGACAUCCGCCGAACCCGCGACAAUGCGCUCGAGAACCUCGAGACCCUGAUAUUAGCGAUCACAUCCCGGCUCUUCACCCUGCGACACCACCCCUCCUUCCCCGACGCCGAGAUCGCCCCGGACCGAGAGGCGCUCAACUGCAUCCGGGUCCUGACCCGCAUCCUGCCCUACCUGUACGAGCUCGAGGCGCUGCAGGCGUGGGAGGACAGGUUCUUUUGGGGAACUCGGAGGAAGCGCACCAGGCGCGCAAAACUCGCCAGCGAGGUGCUGUUUGAUGGGUCGCAGCCCACAUCGCCCACGACGACGGACGACGGCUUUGAAGACGGCGGUGGGAAUGGGGAUAAGAAGAAGCCCAGGGCGACCGGCGAGGAUGGGUAUGAGGAUGCAAGACCGCUGGGCGAGGAGCUCAUCGACACGUUGAUUGACCUCCUCUUCUUGACCGAGUUCACGGUCCCGAGGCAGGCGGUCCCGGCUGGUGCCACGGCGGCAGGCAGGCCAAAGGUCAGCUAUGCGAUCUGGCAGAGCGGUGUCGGUUGCAAUCAGACCACGCAGACCACGAGGGAGUUCGAGAGCAAUCGGACCGAGAUCCUACGGCUGCUAUUGACGCUGUGCAGCCAGAGCAUGUACAUGUCGGCCAAUGUUUUGCCACAGCGUGGGGUGAAGGCAUUGACGCACAUCUGCACGUGCCCAGAUAAGCAGGUUGUGCUGUCGAUGCUAUGCUCGCUGCUGAACACGACAUUGAAGUACCAGCCUACGAGCUGGCGCGUGCCAUACAAUACGCUCCUGACCAGAGACGCCAAACAAACCCUGACGACCUACACUAUGCAGUUCUUAUUAGUAGUCAUACUCUACCCGGUCCCAGAUAACGCCAAUGGCCAGACACAGAAGAACUACUACCGGCACUUCCUGGGUCGCAUACACCGUCCACAAGACUUUCAGUUCAUUGUGGACGGUAUGACGCGUAUUCUCAACCAGCCAAUGCAUGCAAAUUCCACAUCCUACAUCCCGGGAGCAGUGACUCAGUCGUCAGCUGCCACAGUCAAGUUCGCUCCUGAAACCAUCAUGCUCUUUUGGGAGACCACUCAGUGCAACAAACGCUUCCGAUCUUUCAUCAUCGACACCCAGCGCGCCCACGACUUUGUGAUCUCAAUUUUAUUCUAUGCGAUUGAGUUCAAGGGAGAUAGCUCAAGGCAAGGUGUCGUUAGGAUGUGUGCCUUCUUGCUGCAGACGUUGAGCAUGGAGAAGAAUUUUGGUGUCAAUUUGAACAAGAAUUUUGAGGCGCAGGACACCCUACCACCUGCUAUUAGGAUACCUGCUUUUCGCGGCACGUACGCGGAUUUUCUCAUUCAGUCCAUCUACAACCUUAUCACGACGAGCAAGGGCAAGCUCUCAGCUAUAUACCCUGUCCUCCUUGCAGUCAUCAACAACAUAGCUCCCUACCUCCAAGGAAUCAGCGCUACCACCAGCUCCAGGCUAUUGCAGUUGUUUGCUUCCAUGUCUUCACCAUCAUUCCUCUUGGCUAAUGAGAGCAAUCAUGAUCUGUUGCGAUCUCUUCUCGAGGCGUUGAACACAAUUAUUGAGCAUCAGUAUAAGAGCAACCCAAAUUUUGUGCUUGCAGUUCUGAAGAACAGGAAACGUAUAGAAGCACUACGCAACUUCACGCUAGAAAGUGGACAAGAAGAGAUAGAGCGUCGCAAGAAACGGCGAAAGGAGGAUGGCCUGGCCUCAGAUCCCCUGUCGGAGGCGGGGUCUACUCGAAACUCGCUGGAAAGUAUCAACAGCCCUACUACGAUGCCUUCCAGGGAAUCUUUAACACAACCCAGUGCCCCGGCUGCAAAUGAGGAGGACAGCACAUUUGCAAUUGGUGACGACGAUGACAGCGAUGACGAGGCAAGACCGACGCCGGCACAGAGCGACGUGCCUUCACGUUCUUCGUCUGUUGCAUCUACGACAAACCGUCGUGGCAUCCCACAAUCCCUUGACGGUGAUGCAGAGGACGCACUCCCAACCCAGCUCAGGGGCAUGUCGGAGAAAGCACGGGGAAAGAUGCCGGCAGGGUACUCCUUCUCCAGACAAAACUCGACCACAUCACUUGGAGGCAGCUCCGUUGCCGGCAGUGCGGCCGGCAUAGCUGCGUCGGCGUCCUCGCCAUUGCUGUCUGGGGGUUCUGGUGGCUACUUUGAGCCCACGGCCCAGUGGAUUGACAGUUGGCUACCGGAGCUACCGCUGCACACACUCCUGACUCUGAUUCAGCAGCUGACAGCGUUGCUUCCACGACAAGCCCUCGCGCCAGAAGCCUCGGCUGCCGCGGAUCCCCGCCGGCACGAGCAGAUCCUAUCCCGGAUCCGUAGCACGGAGCUCGUGGGGAUCGACGCGGACGUGGCACAUCCUCGCGUGCACUUGUUUGAGUGGUCGCAGCUCGCACUCGGCUGGUAUGAAUCGCUCGUGUGGAGCUUCGUCUUCUCGGCUGAGCUGCAAGCCGCGCGUGGCACGGCGGGCAUCUGGAACGGGACGGCAAUCCGGCUGUUCCGGGUCGUGCAAGACGCGCAGGCGCCGCAAGGUCCGAGUCUGAGCAGCCCGCGCGGCGCGGUCGACGCGGUCGGGAGCAACCUCGUGAGCCGUAUUGGAGCCAUCAACCUGAGGGGCGCGGCGGAGAGUCUGGGCAGGGCUAGUACGGGCGGGAGCGCGGGUGGAGGUGGGACAAGCGAGGGUGCUGCAAGGAGAGGCAGUGUUGAGAGCUGGGUCUUCCCCUCGUGUGCUGUUCUUCCGAAACAACCUUGGAGAGAAAAGUCGGAAAAUACGUCUUCCGAUGCUGCAGUCAGUCAUGGCAACGAUAAUCCUCGAGGCAAGUCUCAAAUGUCUAUUCGUCAAAGAGACAGCAAACGCGCUGCCUUCAAAGUCGGCCAUGCCGCGGCAAGGUUUAAAAAGCCCGCUGCCAAAGCCGCCGCGCUCAAAGCCCAGAAGGAGUCUGCACACCGGACGUCGCCGGCUCGGCGGGCAUCGGCAGAGCCGCAAACUCGGCAGGCCACCAAGGACAAUAAGCAGCGGAAAGACGAAGAGGAAGAAAAAGCCCUCGAGGACCCCAUCGCAGCAAUUGCCGCCGCCGCCGCCGCAGCAGCAGCGGCAGCAGUCCUUGUCGCGCAACCAUCAGCCCAGUCGGCAACUAUGCACCUGGGGAUGUUUGAGAUUGGCAAGCCGCUUGGCAGGGGCAAGUUUGGGCGGGUGUACCUGGCGCGGGAGCGGGAGCACGGGUUCGUGUGCGCGCUCAAGGUGCUGCACAAGCGCGAGCUGCAGGACGCGGGCGUCGAGAGGCAGGUGCAGCGCGAGAUCGAGAUACAGAGCAACCUGCGGCACGCAAACAUAGUACAGAUGUACGGGCACUUUCACGACUCGAAGCGGAUUUUCAUCAUCCUCGAGUUCGCCGGCAAGGGCGAGCUGUACAAGCAGCUGAAGAAGGAGGGCAGGUUCGCCGAGCGGCGGGCGGCGCGGUGCGUGGCGCAGAUGGCGUCGGCGCUGGGCUACCUGCACGGCAAGCACGUCAUGCACCGCGACAUCAAGCCCGAGAACAUCCUGGUCGGCUUCCACGGCGAGAUCAAGAUAGCCGACUUUGGCUGGAGCGUCCACGCGCCCAGCGACCGCCGGACGACGUUUUGCGGCACGCUCGACUACUUGCCGCCCGAGAUGAUCAAGCCGCGCACGCCCGACUGUUCGUACGACCACCGGGUCGACCUGUGGGCGCUGGGCGUCCUGACGUACGAGCUCCUGGUGGGCGAGGCGCCGUUCGAGGACACGCCUGCCAGGACGCACAAGAGGAUCACGCGGCGGGACAUGAAGGUGCCGUCGUUUGUCAGCCGUGAGGCGCGCGAUCUUAUUGUCAAGAUUCCUAGUGAUAGCAUUGGAUAG